GAAGGGGACCGGGCUCUGGCGGCACAGUUCUAAAGAGAAAGACUUGCCGGCGGUGGCUAUUCCUUGGCACUGAUCUCCGACCAGGAUACCGUUACCCAUAUAUAAGGUAUCGGUAUCCCGGUGGCGACCUUGCCGAAUAACCUAAUAUGUGGACAGAAUCCAGAUUUAUUGAAUAGGAGAACGAGCGAUGAAAUUGUUGGUAAUUUCCGGGGGCAGGCACCCCUACGAGGAAUCAACGCCGGUACUGGAGGGCUUCCUGAAGGGCGCCGGCCACGAGGUAACGAUAACGGAGGACGCUUCGAUUCUGGCCGACGCGUCGGGAAUGAGCGCCUUCGACGCGCUGGUGUUCAACACGCGCCGCGAGAACGUGCCCGACUUCGGCGACUGGGAACUGCAGACCUCGCAAAAAGAAGGGCUGAAGAGCUACGUGGAGUCCGGCAAGGGAUUCGUGUGCAUUCAUAUUUCGUGCUGUGUCCCGAAAGGGUGGUCUGAGUUCGACGAGGUCACCGGCGGCGGUUGGGUCACGGGCACCAGCUACCACCCUCCUUACGGUGAGAUGAAGGUCAACAUCAGCAACGCGGCUCACGCUGGCGUUGCGGGCGUUUCUGACUUUGUCACGACGGACGAGCUGUAUAUGAACACCACCUUCAGAGAGGGCAACGAUGUCUUCCUGACCGGGGAUGCCGAGGAAGGGACGUGGCCGUGGGGCCCGGAUCGGGCGCCGACGUUAAUGCCGGGCGGGACCUAUCCGCUGGGGUGGACACGAUCGUACGGAGACGGCAAGGUGUUCGUGCUGCUGCUGGGGCACGACGGGAAGAGCUUCGAGACGCCGGGCUUCCAGCAGAUCGUGCUGAACGGCGUGUCGUGGGCCGGGGCGUAG